AUGGCGAUGCUGUGCGCAACUUGUUUUUUAGCUGCGUCAUCGCUCAAGUACAUCAGUUACCCGUGGCUGGGUGGGUUUUUGUGCUUUGGCAUGGCUGUUGCUGGGAUCGCCUAUUUGCGAAUAUGCCACUUUCCUCCAGCUGCUAUUCGUGGACAAGACUUUUUCGGCGCAGUCUCAAUGAGUUUUUUUGUUGCUGCCUUUCUUCUCAUAUCGGCUUGGAUUGGGUGGCAAGGCAUAAGCGACAGCGCUUGGAGCUUAUCGACUCGAAGUCGCUUGGCAAUCAGCAAUGGCGCGGUCUAUCAGUAUGUAUAUGACAAUGAGUCAUGGGAUUAUCAGAACGACUGUGGCAUAAACGGAACCAACAUCAGUCUUCCAGAAAACAUAACAGCAGAGGCGACCGCAGCCAUCGAAUCCGCAUGCAAGAAGUCAGAAACAGUUUGGUUUCUGCAGUGGUCCGCACCCUGCGCCCUAGGAAUCUGUAACGCUAUCCUUGCUGCAGUCUGCUGGGUGUUUUCCCAGGCGGCAGCUGGCCUCGAAUUUGAUCCUGAGGGCGAUGCGCAACAUGUCAAGAAAGUACUCAAGGUCUGCACUUCCUUAAUUGUUCUCAUGCUGGGAAUGAUGUACAGUGCUCAGUAUGUAUCUGGUGCAGAUGUCACGGUGAGCUCGGCUUUGCUUGCUUUGGGAGCUGGGUCCAUGGUGGGAAUUCUCCUCUUCAUGUUGCUCGAGUUUGGCUUCGAAAGGCUUCACCAAAGCACUUCUCAAGAUCCAUUUGCAAAAAGCUUGGUCUCAAUAUUCAAGUCUGAUUGGAUGAAGGCCUUAGUAGUUGGCGGACUGAACGUGUUCAUCCCCAUCUUUGCCAUGCUGGACAGACUUCGGAAAAAAGUACGGAGAAGCACUGGCCUGGCCAAAAGAGGUGAUGAGGAUUAUGUGGAUCCAUUUACCACCGAAGGUCGUCGAGUUGUCAAGGAGAUGAGCACGUGGGCUUGGUGCAGCAUUUUUCUAAAGAUAGACCUGCUGGGCGAGCUGUUUGUUGCCAUCAUUGUUGGCAUGAAGCUUACAAAUGUUUUCUUCUCAUGGUUGAAUGAGACACUGGCUGCAGCGCAACUGUCAUUUGUGGUGCUGUCAGUCUUGGUGCUUGCCGUCGCGCUGGUGAUGUUUUUGUGCCCAAUUGUUCCAGGCAGUGCUGUGUAUUUGUUUGCCGGUGUGAUAUUUGGUGCGCAGUCACAGCUUGAGGGUUCAGUCGGAUUUCCUUUGGGUGUCAUCGCAGCAUCUUGUAUAAGCUCAACUGCGAAGAUGAUCGCCUGCUGCCUGCAGUACGGCAUGGGCUUUUUGAUGGGCAAGUCAGUCAAGGUACAACAAUUCGUCGGCGUCGACAAAGUCCCAACACGGGCAAUGGAACAGAUUCUAAAGCAAAAUGGUUUGAAGAUCGAUAAAGUGGCGAUACUGGUAGCGGGUCCUGAUUGGCCGACCAGCGUUCUGUGUGGCAUCCUUCACUUGAAGAUACCUCAGAUGCUUCUGGGAACCACACCUGUCAUACUCGUCAGCAUUGUGCCUCAGGUUCUGGUGGGUGCUCUUCUCACGCUCACAGAUGGUAGCUCUGGCAUCAUGGGGAUGGUUUCCAGCUUCGUUACCCUUGCUGCUGGUGUUGUUCAAGCGCUUGCCAUGUGCUUUUUCAGCUACAGGAUCAUGAUGGUCAUUGAGGAGGAUGGGCCGGCGCUUGCCGCACCACGUGCUGAGCAUGCAGCCGUUGCCGAGCUCACGCGCAAGGAGUCAGAAUAUGUUGCGGCUUUGCAGAAUGCCAGCUCAUGGCCAAACAUGAGCAGAGGUCAGAAACUGCUGGUAUUUGCUUCAGCCCUUUGCUUGCUGGUGGCAGGGUUCGUUUUCGCUGCAGACUACUCACUUACGGAGAAGUUUUGCUUCAGAAGCUUUAGCAUCACCAGCAAAAUUGCGUCCCCGGUCGAAGCCGGGGGCUUGAACAGCAACGUAAUGAAUUUGGUGAUGAUGGCAGGUUGGGCAGCUCUCGGCGUUGCAUUUGCUGGAUUCGUACUGCACAUAAGUGCUUCCAAGUGGCUCGGCCAGGUUGCGCGAUCUCAUCUCAGCAGCACCUCGGCCGCUCCCUCAACCAUCGGAAAGCCUCUCAAAAGAGACACGGAGUAA